AUGUUAACGACAGUUCUCUUCGCGGCGUGCUGUGCGCUCUUGGUGUCCGCCGAAGAAGAUGGAUAUCCCAAGAACAACUUCGAUUUGUUCCCCGAACUUCCAGUGGGAAUCGUCGAUACCAACAACUUCGUUUGCAGGGAACACAGUAGGCUGUACCUGGAACACCUGAAGAAUCAGAGUCUCUGGGCCUAUGAGAUGUACGAUGCUACUGCCAAAUCGGUAACCGGAAUACUAAGAGGCAGCAUAUUCCAGUUCGGACAGUUUGAAGAAUGCUUAACGUCCAAAUCACCAUUUCCCACUCAGUAUUGUCUGACUACCGUAACAGCAAAUGUGCCGACGUCAGACCCACCACGAGAUCCGAAAUCCCUAUCCUAUAACGGAAAUGAGUUGAUUCUUCGAAAGAUUUACGAUAAAAAAGACCCUUCACAGCAGUCAGAAAACGUUGUCCUGUUAGGCUGGUGUGUACCUGCGUCCUGCACUCCAUCUGAUCUUCAGAACUAUCUCAACAAUUACCUGGAUAAAGUUGAUUUUCCGCUGAAAAAGGAAAACGUGACGUAUUCUUCUUACCUUGAUGAAAACUUUUGUCAGAGGGAAGAAGAGAAGAGUAAUUAUGAUCACGUGGAUAUAUCAUUUUGUUUGGUCGCUGGGAUAAUUGUUAUCCUCGUUAUAUCCUCAACAGCGUAUGAUGUAUUAAGGAACGUCGCACAAGACAAAUUAAAAGACAGAACACCGCUCACCGUCCUGGCAUCAGCAUUUUCCAUAAAAAACAACUACAAGCUACUCUCAAAGGCUGACGAAUCAAAUCCCGCUCUCCAAACUUUAUAUGGCAUGCGAGUGUUCUGUAUUCUGAUGAUAAUUAUGGACCACAGAUUCGGCACUCAUCUGUCGUCCGGCGUGUUGAAUUUUGAUAUAGUCGAAGAACAAUACCGAUCCACAAUGGGAACCUUAUUCUUCCAUGGUGACCUGUUCGUAGAUUCCUUCUUCGUCCUAAGUGGUCUUCUAGUGACGUACUGCCUACUAGUUCAUUUCAAUAAAAAAGCUGCUAACCCGUUUCUAAUAGUAUUCAUGAGAUACGUCAGACUUACACCUAUAUACGCCUUCGUUAUAUUCUACUAUGCCACUUUGUUAAAUCAUACUGGGUUUGGACCAAUGUGGAAGGUAAUAGUAUCAUCAGAAGUUAACGAUUGCAGAACAAACUGGUGGACAAACUUGCUCUAUAUCAGCAACUACGUCAACACAGACCACAUGUGUAUGGUGCAUUCCUGGUACCUCCCAUGCGACUUCCAUUACUUCAUAAUAGCCGUCUUCUUGUGCAUGGCCAUACAAAAACACAAGAAGGUGGGAGUUAUCCUGCUAGGUGCUAUAACCUUUCUAUCUGUACUGAUUCCUUUUGUUAUUGGGCUAGUCAACAUGCGGCCUGCUGUGUUGUUCUUUUAUCCAGAAUUCCUCCGAGCUCCGAAGCUACAUCCUGACUUUUUGCUUAGCUACUCAAAGUCGCACACAAGGGCGUCGCCAUAUUUCGUUGGUAUGAUCGCCGGGUAUAUAUUCUACAGGAUGAAAGGGUCUGAGAAGUGUUUGAAAGAAAGAUACUCCCACAUAAUUUUCACAGUAUCCCUGACUGUCAUGAUUGUAACCCUCCUUACUGGGGUAAUAUUCUACAACCCUUACUACGAGUACAAUGCCGUUGAAUCUGCGAUGUACUCGGCUAUGCAUCGAGCCCUUUGGUCAGUGGGCAGCGUAGGAAUUUUAUACGUGGCCAGCUACGGGCACGCAAAAUUCGUCUACAACUUCUUGUCAUGGAAACCGUGGAUUCCCCUCAGCAAGCUCGUCUAUGGGGCCUAUUUGGUGCACAUGCAGUUCCAGCUGAGGACGGUGGCUAGGAAGGGUGGAGCUGAUGUCGUAACAUACUUUGAUGUGAUAAGUUUUUCUCUGUCAGACAUCUGCCUCGCGUUCGCAACCGCUUUCCUGUUAUACUUAGCCGUUGAAGCGCCGUUCAGGAACGUAUUCGCCUUAUUGUUGGGCCCUCCCAAAGAGACGCACAAACCGAAAUCGUCAGACAAUCAGGAAAGCGUCAGUGAUUCUACCUGUGAUAGCCAUUUGUGA